CUUUUCUUCAGUCUCUCUUCAGCCGCCGUGAUAUUUCUAAAUGCCAGCCAGCUCCUGUGGCUCUUAACCCCACAGUCUUUCAGUUGAGCCCCAUUGCUUGGGAGAUAAAAUUCACAGUUUUUACUUGGGCCCGUGAACCCUUCAGGACUUGAUCCCAGCAUAUUUUGCCAGUCUCGAUUCCCGAUGCUCCGGGAUUUAGGAAAAUGGACUUUGCAGUCUGAAGGAAUUUUACAAAGUUCAGAAAACAUGUCUCGAAGAUAUGACUCCCGGACCACUAUAUUUUCUCCGGAAGGUCGCUUGUACCAAGUUGAGUAUGCCAUGGAGGCUAUUGGACAUGCAGGCACCUGCUUGGGGAUUUUAGCCAACGAUGGUGUUUUGCUUGCUGCAGAGAGACGCAACAUCCACAAGCUUCUGGAUGAAGUUUUUUUCUCUGAAAAGAUUUACAAACUGAAUGAGGACAUGGCUUGCAGUGUGGCAGGCAUAACUUCUGAUGCUAAUGUCCUGACUAAUGAACUGAGGCUCAUUGCACAGAGGUAUUUGUUACAGUAUCAGGAGCCAAUUCCUUGUGAGCAGUUGGUCACGGCACUUUGUGAUAUCAAACAAGCUUAUACACAGUUUGGAGGAAAACGUCCCUUCGGCGUGUCCCUGCUUUACAUCGGCUGGGAUAAGCACUACGGUUUUCAGCUCUACCAGAGUGACCCCAGCGGGAAUUACGGAGGAUGGAAAGCCACAUGCAUUGGAAAUAAUAGUGCUGCAGCUGUGUCAAUGUUAAAACAAGACUACAAAGAAGGAGAAAUGACUUUGAAGUCAGCACUUGCUUUAGCUAUCAAAGUCCUAAAUAAGACCAUGGAUGUGAGUAAACUCUCUGCUGAAAAAGUGGAAAUCGCCACCCUAACAAGAGAGAACGGGAAGACGGUCAUCAGAGUCCUCAAACAGAAAGAGGUGGAGCAGUUGAUCAAAAACCACGAAGAAGAAGAAGCUAAAGCUGAGCGCGAGAAGAAAGAAAAAGAACAGAAAGAAAAGGAAAAAUAGAAGGAAGGACCAUGGGUUUUGUAACUCACCUGGGGCCAUUUCAGUGUCCGUGCUGUCCUUUUCACCCUGCGAAAGCUCUGACUUGUUUCGGCUUGUGUGGUGGGAGACCAGGAUGGCACCAGCUCGCUUGGGUCCUUGCUGUCUCUGUCCACUCAGAUCUUGUAUUGACGAUUACUCGUCACGGACGCCCCAGUCCCUCCACCCUUGUUUUGGGGAAUAAAACUUGGAAAGAAUGGAAA